GCACAUUAAACACCGAGCUGUGAACUGAACAACUACAAUUGAACACAAAUCCCACACAUGUGCUGCGUUCCGUACACACACAAACGGCAGCUGCUACAGUAACGCAACAGAAUGUUGACCGAACCCCUCGACAUGUGACUAAUGCGUGCAACAGAGAUAAGCAUAACGAAUACGCUCACUCUUUGGCGCGAACGCGCAUAGUUAGAAAGAGAUGCUCAUACUAAAUGAUUAUGGUUACUGCAACGUGUCGCCGUCAGCGUCGCUUGGCGUGAUCGCGUGUUCGCCGCCAUUUUGUAAGUAGUGUAGCGUUUGUGCGAACCUGAGUCAACGCGUGUCCUGUUGCAAGUUUAAAUUAUGGCUACAGCUAUUACAGACGAAUGGACUGAACAAAAAUGUUUACAACUAAUACGAGACUACAGAUCCAAGCCAGUUUUAUGGGACCCAAAAAAUCCGUCGUAUUUUAAUAAGAACAAGAAAACUGCGGCUUGGAUAGAGAUCGGCGAGGCUAUCGGCGUUACACCGGAAAGAUGCAAACACAAAAUGAUAGUUUUAAUGUCGUCGUUUAGGAGAGAAAAGGCCAAAAUUGUGAAUAGCUUGAAAGAAAAAGAUCCUACUGCAGUGCACAAAAGUUCAUGGUUUGCAUUUAAAGAUAUGGCGUUCCUGAUGGACAAAGAAACUGAACGAAAGCGACAAGCGCAAUUGGAAAUGGAAGAAGAGGAUUACGAAGACUGUGUAGAAAAAAUAAACAGAUCGUUGCAAAGUCGCGAUUCACCGGAACCGGCUAAAAGACGUCGAUCGUCGACGUCAAUAAGCCGUGCAGUGAAGCAAGAGUUCAACCAGAUGGUGACACAGUCCAUACGGGAAGACAUCGUCACACCUCUACUCCCACCGCCCACGCAAACACCAGAAGAGAGAGACGAAGAAAUCAAAUCCUUUACCUCGUUCAUAGGUAACAAAAUGAAAAAGUACUCCGAGACUACGAAAAACGCUGUUCAACAAGCUAUAUGUGAUAUUAUAUUUAAGGCUGAUCAGAAUAAUUACGAAACUGGCAGUUUUGACAAGUUUACUAUUAUAGACGAUGAACCAGACCCAUUAGACAAAAGCUUGUAUAAUUCGCGGUACAGCGCAGUGAUUAAAGUACAAAGUGAUUCGGAUGACAGUAGUUAGUUUUAACAUAAUUAUUUUACUGUAUUUUAAGAGUUUGUACAAAUAUACUUGUCAAUUACGUUUUAUAACUAUCGAUAAAUUAAACUCGACUUUCAUACAA